AUGGGGUCCGGUGCGCUGCGCCUCGGUCUCUUGCUGAUGUUCUUCAUCGAUGCUGGAUUCACUCAAGAGAAACCAAAACCAGUUUUGAAGGUGACUCCGGAUCAGAGUGUGUUCAGAGGAGAGACAGUCACUCUCAGAUGUGACAUACAGACAGAAAACAUUCAGUGGACAUACAGCUGGUUUAAAGAUGGAUACACUUUCUAUCCAACAACAACAACAACAGCAGCAGCAGAGAUCAGUUUCAGAGCUGAUUAUGUGUCUGUCAGUGAAUACAGAUGUAGAGGAGAGAGAUCAGACUCACAGAGAUCAUCAGACACCAGUGAUGCUGUGAAACUGACUGUAUCAGAUUCACCCAGAUCUUCACUGACUGUGACUCCAGACAGAACUGUAUUCACUGGAGAGAGAGUCACUCUGAAGUGUGUGAUUGAGGUUUACAGAGACUGGAGAUGGAGAAAUGAUCUGACAUAUGACUGGAGAUAUGAGUUUUAUAAAGACAGUGUAAUAUUAAAGAUGUCUGAUCAUUUCACUGAAACCAGAGACACUCUCACUAUCAGAGGAGUAACUACAUCUGAUCAGGGUCAGUACUGGUGUAGAGGACAGAUAAGAUCAGUCUCAUCACAACCAAACUUUGCUGUUUCUCUCUCAGUGAAAGAUUCACCCAGAUCUUCACUGACUGUGACUCCAGACAGAACUGUAUUCACUGGAGAGAGAGUCACUCUGAAGUGUGAGAUUGAGUCUUACAGUGACUGGAGAUAUGAGUUUUAUAAAGACAGUGUAAUACUAAACACGUCUGAUCAUUACACUGUAACCAGAGACACUCUCACUAUCAGAGGAUCUACUGAGUCUGAUGAGGGUCAGUACUGGUGUAGAGGACAGAGAGAAGAAAGACUACGAUCAUCUCAAUCAAACUCUGUUUCUCUCUCAGUGAAGGAUUUACCCGCAUCUAAAGUGACUGUGACACCAAAGAGUAUAUUCACUGGAGAGACAGUCAAUCUGACCUGUGUGAUCGAGUCUAAUCACAGUGACUGGAGAUAUGAGUUUUAUAAAGACAGUGUAAUACUAAACACGUCUGAUCAUUACACUGUAACCAGAGACACUCUCACUAUCAGAGGAUCUACUGAGUCUGAUGAGGGUCAGUACUGGUGUAGAGGACAGAGAGAAGAAACACCAUCAUUCUCACAGAAGAGUGACCGAAUCAAUCUGUCUCUUAAUGUGUCACGUUCAGAUCAGAUUUCUGUCUUCAACAUCCUCAGUUUUCUUCUGGCAGCUUGUCCGUAUCUGCUGUCGACGGUCGUGCUGCUGUUCAAAUACUUCAGAGAGAGAGGAGAGGAGCUGUCUUUCACGGACUUGGUCACUUUAAACAUCAAGCUAGAUAAUCUCAACAGACUCCCCAACAGUCUAAGAAAGUUUGGUACAAAACCCCGAAAUCAGCCAGGAUCACCAAGUCCCAGAAUCAUGAACCCAUGCAACGCGAUCUCUCACGGCUUCCUAAUGAAGAGAGGGAGAGGCGGCGUCAGAAUCACCUAUGUUUCUACUGCGGUGGAGCAGGACAGUGCAGCCUCUUCCACCUUGGUGAAUAUUGAACAUUUCUCGCUUCUCUCUAGUAGAACCCUAACAUUACCCUUCACCAUCCUAUCUAACGUCAAGUCCGUUAAUCUCAUGGCCAUGAUAGAUUCUGGAGCAGCUCUGAAUCCGAUCAAUCGUAAUAUCAUUGCUAAAUUUAACAUACCUGUACAACUCUGCACCCCACCCAUUAAGAUCAAAGCCAUUAAUAACGCCUUCACUGGUGAAGGGAUUGCACACCAAACCCAAACUAUCACGCUCCAGGUUUGCCUGUUCCAUCAGGAAUCUAUUUCCUUGUAUGUUGUGGAUUCCCCUAAGCAUGAAAUAAUUUUAGGCUUCCCCUAUCUAUUAACUCAUGCCCUUAAUAUUUCUUGGAUUGAUGGUAAACUAACAAGUUGGUCUACAUUCUGCUUUAACCAAUGUCUUCCCUGCAACCCCAUAUCAUGUCUUACGACCAGUGUGGAGAAACCAGAAACCAGCCAGUCUGUAAAAUUCCCUUCCUGUUAUCAAGAUCAGUUUGAAUUGUUCAGCAAAACCAAGGUAAUGCAGUUACCUCCACACAGACCUAGAGAUUGCGCCAUAGACCUUCUCCCCAAUGCCAUGCCACCCAGAAGUAAGGUAUACCCAUUGUCCAGAACAGAAAACCAAGCCACGGAGGAGUACAUUACUGAAGCACUACAAUCGGGAUUCAUUCAUCCAUCUACCUCUCCCGCCACUGCUGGUCUCUUCUUUGUUGAGAAAAAGGAUGGUGGACUCAGGCCUUGCAUUGACUACAGGGGAAUCAACAAUGUCACUGUCAAGUUUCGCUAUCCCUUAUCUUUAGUCCCAUUUGUUCUAAAACAACUACGAGAAGCUACCAUCUACACAAAAUUGGAUUUGAGAAGUGCAUACAACUUGAUCAGAAUCAAGGAAGUGCUGAUGUUCUUCAUCGAUGCUGGAUUCACUCAAGAGAAACCAAAACCAGUUUUGAAGGUGACUCCGGAUCAGAGUGUGUUCAGAGGAGAGACAGUCACUCUCAGAUGUGACAUACAGACAGAAAACAUUCAGUGGACAUACAGCUGGUUUAAAGAUGGACACCUUUACUAUCCAACAGCAGCAGAGAUCAGUUUCACAGCUGAUUAUGUGUCUGUCAGUGAAUACAGAUGUAGAGGAGAGAGAUCAGACUCACAGAGAUCAUCAGACACCAGUGAUGCUGUGAAACUGACUGUAUCAGAUUCACCCAGAUCUUCACUGACUGUGACUCCAGACAGAACUGUAUUCACUGGAGAGAGAGUCACUCUGAAGUGUGAGAUUGAGGUUUACAGAGACUGGAGUUGGAGAAAUGAUCCGACAUAUUACUGGAGAUAUGAGUUUUAUAAAGACAGUGUAAUAUUAAAGAUGUCUGAUCAUUUCACUGAAACCAGAGACACUCUCACUAUCAGAGGAGUAACUACAUCUGAUCAGGGUCAGUACUGGUGUAGAGGACAGAUAAGAUCAGUCUCAUCACAACCAAACUUUGCUGUUUCUCUCUCAGUGAAAGAUUCACCCAGAUCUUCACUGACUGUGACUCCAGACAGAACUGUAUUCACUGGAGAGAGAGUCACUCUGAAGUGUGAGAUUGAGUCUUACAGAGACUGGAGAAGUAGAAAUGAUCUGACAUAUUACUGGAGAAAUGACUGGACAUACUACCAGACACCUGACUGGAGAUAUGAGUUUUAUAAAGACAGUGUAAUACUAAACACGUCUGAUCAUUACACUGUAACCAGAGACACUCUCACUAUCAGAGGAUCUACUGAGUCUGAUGAGGGUCAGUACUGGUGUAGAGGACAGAGAGAAGAAACACCACAAUCAUCUCAAUCAAACUCUGUUUCUCUCUCAGUGAAAGAUUUACCCGCAUCUAAAGUGACUGUGACACCAAAGAGUAUAUUCACUGGAGAGGCAGUCAAUCUGACCUGUGUGAUCGAGUCUAAUCACAGUGACUGGAGAUAUGAGUUUUAUAAAGACAGUGUAAUACUAAACACGUCUGAUCAUUACACUGUAACCAGAGACACUCUCACUAUCAGAGGAUCUACUGAGUCUGAUGCGGGUCAGUACUGGUGUAGAGGACAGAGAGAAGAAACACCAUCAUUCUCACAGAAGAGUGACCGAAUCAAUCUGUCUUUUAAUGAAGCUUCAUCUUCUCUUCUGAUCUCUGGAGUGGGUUUGGGAUUGCUGUUCUUGUUCUUGUUCUUGAUCUUGAUCACUCUGCUGCUGCUCUGGAGAUUCAAGAAGAACAAAGAUCAGCAGGGUAAUAUUAACCAGACAUCAGUCCCAAAUCAGGCUCAACCAGAAAACUCUGCUCUACAGUCUGCAGAUCCUGAGCACAUUUAUGACGACGUGACUGCAGUGAAUAACAGACUCAACGAUGAUCCAGAGUCAUUUUAUAUGCUUACAUAUUCAGAGAUCACUGUUCAGAAAAAGACAUCUGUGGAUAAAGAUUAUCCCAUGGCCGAGUCAAAUGAAGUGACGUACUCAGAAGUCAGAACAAAAGGAAUGAAAUGCAAAAGCAAAGAUGCUGAUGCUGGAGUUGGUGAUGCAACAUAUGCUAUUGUUAGGAAGGGUAACCAAAAAAAAAAAAACAGCAACACUGUUACAAUUGUACAAUAAUUUUGUAACAGAAAUGCUAUAUAUACUUAUGACAGCAAGCUCACAGUUUACACUUGUAGCAGAUUGUGGCAUGUAUUGAACUGUAACUGGUCAGAAUGAGCUGAAAUCAGAGGUUUGUGUUAUUUGGCUGCAUCUUAUCUGUUUAAAGUGCAGACUACAAAGGAUUCUCAGCAGACACAGAAACGCUUGCAUUGCUUAAGAAAUCAACCCGAGUCAUGCUGCUUCUGCACAUGCUUCACUGAAAUACGAUAGACAUAUAUGCACUAUAUUAUCUGUAUAAUCUGCAAGCAAACAAAUCUAUCCAUGAUAUAUAGUAAAACUUUUACUAACAGUACAAAAUAUAGAAUAGAAUAAAACAAUAGUGCUAUUGGCACUUUUUUUAAUGUCUUACAAAAUAAUGCUUAUGUUUUUUAGUUAUUCAGAUGCAUGAAGAUUUUUA